AUGUCCGACCAUCCAGCCACUGCAUCUCUCCUGGCCACGCUCGGCCUCCGCACGACUGCCUCCUCACCCACGCCCAACUAUGCAGCAAGUUAUAUAAUCGGCAACUGGUUCCUCGCCCACGGCAUUCUCAACCCCCGAGCAGCCAUACGACGACUCGGGCAAGACCCCAACAAUGCUCCCCGCGAGAAUCUGCUCAAAUACGGCGAAGCAGCCGUGCAAGCCGGCAAGAUCACCCGAGGACAACUGAACCGACUUAAACGGCGGGAGGCUGUCUAUGAGAGUGUCAUCGAGGGAUUCCCGCUGUUUAUCGCGGGCGUCCUUCUCGCCCUUCACGCAGGUGUCCCGACCGAGAUCAUCAACUGGAUUGGGCUGUGGGUUUCGCUGCUGCGGGUGGCAUAUGCAAUUUCAGCCGUGGCGAUUGAAUCGGACCAACUGAACUUUGUGCCGUCGCUGCUGUGGUGGUUGGGCAACGUGGGUUGCCUGACAGCGUUGAUGUUAGCCGGGAAGAGGCUGUGA